AUGCAACAAAGCUGGCGCCAAGACGCAGAUAAAUUAACAUUCAUCAUCUGCCACCCUAUAUCAUCAGCGUCAGAGCCUGCCUCUGCCUCUCCGGCUGUGCUCACGAAAGAGUCCGACUCUCCUCAAAAAAUGACCGGAGAUAUCAAUCUCUUCCUCCGAGUCGAUGACGGAGACGAGGGAGACUCACCGCCGCAAAUCGUCGGAGAAAUCGAGCUCAUGAUCGCGGAAAAGAAUAACCAACGUCGCGGAUUCGGGAAGGCGGCUCUAUUAGUCUUCAUGCGGUAUAUUAUUGAACAUCAGACCGACAUUUUGGAAGAGUUCGUGAGCCGGGGUGUUGAUGAUGCAGAGAGUGUGCGGAAGCUGAGAGACGCGGGGCCGCUGGCUUUUGAAUGUUUCAGCGUGAAGAUUGGUCAGAAUAACUUGCGCAGUUUGGCUUUGUUUGAGGGACUGGGGUUUGUUAGGCUUUCUCUAGAGCCGAAUUUCUUUGGAGAGUUUGAGCUGAGGAGGACGGAGUUGGGGGUUCAGGGUGUUGUUGGGGAACUUGGGGUCGCUGGUGUUGAGGAUUAUUGGAAGGCUGUUUAUACACGGAGAGAAUAG